GUUGUUUGAUUGCAAACAGACCCCUGACCUGAAGCAAUGUUCCUGAAGCGCGGCAUCUUGUGCGAGGCUGGGCCCGACAGCAAGAAACGUGCCCGAGAGCAGCAUUCAUGUACUAAAUUGUUACAAAGCUUCAUCACAAAGAACAUAGUGGGACUAGCGGUGGAUGUACGGUGAAUGUCGCGCACAUUCUCUUGUUUCUUGACAACACCUGUGACAGCACAAAAUGGAAAGACACAAUGCAACAGGCAGCUGCAGUAGGCUGUGCAAAUGUCAUGCUUCCGGCCUGUUGCCAGUGCCAAACCUGAAGCCUGAAGGUGACGGUUCACUACACCUGAAGCAGCCCUGAAGCAGCCCUGAAGCGAAAGUCGGGUUCCUGAAGCCCCGGCCAUUCCCCGAGUGGUGGUGCAGCAGCAGCAGAAGGGCAAGUGAAGCUGCCGCGGGAAGCUGCCGCGGGAAGACUUGGGCGGAUGACACGCAGCUGCAGCAGACAGACCCCGCCGGCCCCAGGCCCAGCAGCUGCGGGGCCAGCCCUUCAUCAGCGGCGCGGCGUACGCGCCACCUCCACACCAGCAGUACCAGCCUGCGCAGCAGCUCAUGCCAGCGCAGCACAUGCCGUACGGCUACCCGGCCGCCGGCUACUGCCAUGGCUACGGCAUGGUGGCUACGGCACGCAUCAGCACGGCGCCUACCCCGGCGGCAGCUUCCUCGCGCCGCCGCAGCGGCCAGCCCAGCACCCGGUGUCGCAGUGUGCAUGGCAGGCCGCACCGCAGCACGCACGCACCCGGCGGCCGCACCGCAGUGGACACGCAGAGCCAUCAGGGCCAGCAAGCAAGAAAAUUGCACCGCUCAGACGCUGAUUCCACAGCAGGGAGCAAAUACAUGGUGAAUCCGAAUGUUUAAGGACGCAUGCGUCCAUCUUGGUAAUGGGUACAUGCAGCGCCGCAACCCUGAUGGAGUCUGAUAGUUUCGUAGUUUGGGCGUACGAGUAGUGCCCGCCCUCCAACGCACGAGUACGUGUAUUGGGUAGGGGAACGGCUUUGAUUCUGCCGGACCCAAAUUGUGGAACUGCACCAUUGAUUAUAUGUGCAUUCUCCUAGAGUCAUUAGUCUGUUCAUUUUGCGCUGCGCAUUGAUUCUGAUUCGCCGGAGUGCGCAUUAGCAGGUUAUCACCUGAACCCUGAAGUAGCUAAGCGAGGCCCCGACUCCAGAAUGUCCGUACAGAGGUUCGUUCUCAGAUUGGGUUGUCUGAUCCUGUACAGUUUGUUUUCCUUUUUCUUUGGCGUGGAGGAGAUGCAGACUGCGCAGACACGGAGGUGUUGCGCCGGUCCUGGAGCAUUGUUGACUGACACGGUUGGCGGCAUACAUACCGUCUGCUGGCGGUGAUUAAUCAACAGUCGUGAACGCCACUGUAUUCAUUGGGAUGAGCUUAUUCGUAGCAGAUUGUUUCUCAAGUUACAUCGUUUUGGGUCUGAGCCCCGUGAUGAUGAGCGAAGCGAUCCAGGGGGACGAAGCCCCACAGUGUCCGUGUCGUGUCCUGAUACGGUAGCUGGGGGACUCUGUGUGGAGCCAUCGCGUCGAUGUGACUUUUGGGAUGCAUGUUGGGUCCCUGGCUGCACGUGCUGGCACCGCAAGCUAGCUGCCACGGCAUACAUCGUGUAUGGGCGGUUGGCUCAAGCUCGGGUUGGGGAUUGGGUGGGCAGCCGGGUACGAUGGCUCACGUGGCUGUGGGCUGAGAGCCGUCGUAGAUGCGGGC